AUGAGCGACGAGAUCGAGGCGGACGGCUCGGUGCGCGGCGCGCCGCGCGACACGGGCCGCGGCACGCUGGACGAGAGCGCGGCGGCGACGCUCGUGCGCGACGUGCGCGCCAUGCACGCGCGGCUGCGGCAAGCAGUGUACCCCGCGCUCCGCAGCGGGUGGCAGCCCGUGGCCGACGGGCCGCCAGAGACGGACCUGUGGGCCCCGCUGGUGUUUGUGCUGGCGCAGGCCGCGCUGCUGGCGCGCGGCGGCGGCCACUUCUACGCGCUGUUCGUGGUCCACUGGGGCGUGCUUGCGCUGCUGGCCGCGCACCUCAAGCUGAUGCGCGUGGGCGAGAAGCGCUCAUGGCUGGUCUAUGUGUCUGCGUGCGGCUACUGCCUUUUCCCGCUUGUGAUGGCCUCGCUUCUGAGCCGCCUGGGCUACCCGACGCUGCUGCUGUUCUUCGCUGCCGGUCCGUGGCGGGUCCGUGCGCUGUACUGUCUCCGCCUGGGGGGCUUUUUGCUGAGCUCCCUGUGGGCCCACGCCUCAGCGUGUGCUGUGGCGAGCUGUGUUGGCUUCAUUGAGUGCUAUCCAUUGGCCCUCUGCCUAGCCGGUCUGUCCUGGCUAAGUGUCGUGGUAUAG